AUGUCAGAGGAAGAAAUUACCCAAGCUCAGUAUAACCAAGUGAUGGAGUUUUUUACAGUAUAUAGUGAUAUCUACAAUGCUUUGUACAGGCUGAAAACAAAUGACGAAGAAGAAUUAAACUCAAUUUACAAAAAAGUCAAACAAAAUCUUAUUGAUUCUUUUAAAAAUUCGCCUGGUGACAUUAUCAAUGAUAUAUCCAAACUUUCAAUUUAUAACAACCGCUUCAUGAAGUCAUAUUUAGCGAUUGCCAAACAAAUUGUUGACGAAUACCAACUUAAUCAGGUCAACGAAAUCAGCAGAGUUUUUAAUUACCUUUUCUACAAAGAAUACAGUAUAGUAUUGAAUGAAAACGAUGCAAAAAAUUUUUAA